GGAAAGAGACCUUUGGUCACAGAUCAUUUUUCUCGACAGUGCACACAACGGGAAGUUUACAAAAGAAGCAUCCCUGAAACUGGACCGGUCGGGUAAUUCUUGCCGGAUCAAGCUCAUUUUUGCCCCUCAAGCGGAUGCCAAGUGGCUAAGGAAGAGUUAAAUACCUUCGCGAUCAUUACAUCACUCUAAUAAAAGGAUACUUCCGCUGAUUUUGAACCUUUAAACUGUUUUACUAUUCAAACUUCAUGUUUACUUAAACAACGUUCAUGGGAAAAGAAUUUCUCAGUAUGUUUAUCAAGAAUUCAAAAUUUUACAAGCUUAGGGACAUUAAAUUCUUCAAACAUGAUACAAUUGUACUAAAACAUCAUGGUUAUAGACUAUAAAAUGAAGAAGUUUAUGCCGAACUUUAUCUUAAUCGAGUUGCCAUCGCCAAAAGAGUUUGAAGUUGAUCUAAAAGGUUCAGUGUUAGCAGAAGAAAAUGAAGUUGAAAGUUUUUUUUGCAGUGAGUAUACCAGAACUUGAAGUACCAGGUUUUUUUAGCCUGAUGUUACUUUUAAGCUCUAAGUUUGGAUUUGACUUUUGUAUAUAUCUGGGGACCGAGUUUCAUGAAACGAGUUUUCUUGACGGAUACCUGCAGGCAGUGCUUGAUCACGGUUUAAAAAACUGUUGUUUGCCUGGAACAAUUUAUCCAGAUCUUACAACUUAAAACAAGUCAUUUCUCGUCAGUUUAUAUACAGUCGAAACUCCCGAAAUGUAAGGUGUCCGGGGCGGGUCAGUUACGGGAGAUCGUCGCUUAGAAGAAUCGAACUACACAGGGUCUCAUCCUAAAGGUCCUGACAUAUCUACGUUUUGCUGUAGAAUUUAUUUAUUGCAAUUUCUAAGUUAUGUAUAUUUGUAGUUUUGUUUUGACACUCAAAGUUCUUCUUAUAGUCUGGGUGGCAUAGUACAUACAGCGAGCAACAAGACGGCACUAUGCGUCAAUUGGUCGCUCACAAGAGGCUAAAAACAAUGGAAAACUAUGAUACUAUAAGGACAAAACGUGACCAAAGUCGCGUAUGAGAGGUGAUCGUUCACGAGAGGUUCUUAUCACUGAGUAUUGACGGGGAAAAAAGUUUUCUGGGUAGGUGGUCACUUCUUAUGGGAGGUGGUCGCUCACCAGAGGUUCUAAUCAUUGAGCAUUGACUGGAAAAAAACGUUCUCUCGGUGGGUGGUCGCAUCUUAUGAGAGGGGGUCGUUUACAAGAGGUUCUAAUUAUUGAGCAUUGACUGGAAAAAAAGUUUUCUGGGCAGGUGGUCGCUUCUUAUGGGAGGUUUGACUGUAUUUUGAGUUUAAGGGUAACUACGCUAUUUUCGAAUUUUGACUUAUUUUUAUUUUUGUUUCAGCUAGCGCUUAUCAUAUCUCUUUUCUUUGUCCCUAGACUGUUUUCGUCUUUUUGUUUGCUGAGGAAGUAUACUCUCUCGGACUUAGUUACGAGGGUCCAAGGAGUAAAAAGUGCAAUUAUGAUGGGCGUUAUGUGAGAAUAAACAUGAAGGAAUGUGAAAAUAUAAAUUCGCGAAACAAAUGUCAAGCAAUGGCGGAUGGGGAAACGAGCAGCGGUUCAAGCACAGGUAAGUUGGCGGGUUUUCUUGAUGUCGUUCUACUGCUCUCAGCCACUUUCUAUCUCAAAAUUAUUUUAAGACGGCAGAAAAUUUCAAAUUUUAUUACUAAAGACAAUCAAUCCACUGCGGCGAUAAUGUGGUCUAGCCGAAUUCCUAUGUUAUUGGCGAUACAACAUGAUAUCCGACACAACCACCCACACUCGGAAAAGUCUUUUUCACGAAAAAAGACGGAUUCAAGAACAGGCAAGUUGGCGAGUUUCAUGAAGUGAUUCGACUGCCGUCAGUCACUUUCCAUCUCAAAAUCAUUUUAAGAUGGAAAAGAUUUCUACAAGUCGAAAAUUUAGCCGUAUUUUAUUACCAAAGACAAUCGCGGGACUGCGGGGACCAUGUGGUUUGGCUAAUUUCUGUGUCAGAUUGACGAUACAACGUAAUUUUCGAUACACCCACCCCCCACCCGCGGAAAAAUCGUUUUCACUCCUCCUAGAAAUAUUUAAUUUUGCAAUGUUAUUCUUCUUUUCACCUAAUUUUGAUUAAUUGAACUCCUAUUAUCCCCUUUGGCUCUUUCUGGUUUGAUCAGGAAUGUGUCACCAGUUGUCAGAAAAAGUAAAUUGUGAGAUUUUCUAAAAGGCACUGGUGCAAUGUCAUAAAGCUUAUAUAUUGGUGUUAUGUUUCUGCAGAUUUUACGAUGGUAAGAAGGGGAAAUAAGAGUUGCAUCUCUUUCAACAAAACGUAUUCACUUACGGUACAAAGAAACAAAAGAAACAAUGUACAUGUAGUCAGCUUCGUGGUGAGUGAAAACACUAGCAUAAGAAACUCCCUCAGCGGGCUUACAAUUGUGAAACAAUCAUCCUUUUUAAAAAUGGACCUUCCUAUUAAACUGCAAUAGAUUUGAUAAUUAGGUUCCCGAUAAUUCUUUAUGACAUGGGAUAAUUUGAGAUAUAAAUGGUUAUUGCAUGAAUGCUAAUUAUAUUUUCAGUUAUGUUACUCUAAAUUCUGUAGAGCCUUUUCACUCAUGUGGCCUGCAGAUAUGCAAAGUUAUUAGAACAAAAGGACGUUUUUACAAAGGAAAAAGGUUCAUCUCCCACGGUAAUGGUUAGGAAAAUCAACAAUGCAGCCUUUUUAUUGCUUUUGCGUCACCAAUAUGGCAGAAAUGACGUCAUGUAAAAAUGCUCUAUUCCAACCCAAUGAGACAUUCAAUCGGGAUUCGUGGGUAAAAAGUAUUGCUGGAAGAGGAUUCCUAAGAAUCCCUUUCUGAUACUUAUAUGUCUAUCGUAAUUGAUAAUAAUCGUCAGUAGUAAAAACUUCACAUUGAAUUGUUACAUAUAGAAGAUACAAUCGAUCUUUUUUUGCUUUUUCAGAAUGUUUCCUGUAAAGGUAAUGUCAACAAAGUAGUUUGGUUUGAUGAAAAACCCGAAAGUAAUGGACGUCAUCAUGUGUUUUACUACAAACAAGGUGGAAGUUUCAUGUGUCUUACUCGCGGCUGUACUGGAACCUUGAAUGUAACUCAUGUUUUCUCCCCAUCAAUAGACCGAAAAUGUUUCUUUUCUUUUCAUAAUAAGAAAAUGUGACAGAACAGAAUGAGGUUUUAUUUACUGUAUGACAUAAUUUUUUAUCAAUUUAAGGUAAUUUUCCUAUUUUUAAAGUAUUUUUUACUUGUAACUUUAAAGUUGUAUCGCAUUCCAUAGAAAGAAAUGAACUGGAUUUUUAAAGACAUGGUGCCACCGUUAAUAUUUCUUACACUAGUCACUAACAUUGGCAGUGUAAAUUACCAGUUAUUUCAUUAUUACAAUUAUUCUCCGCCACGGUAAUGAAUAAGCAAGUUAAAAAUAAUAGGAUCUUGACCACUGGCCGUCUGUUUGCAGUUCCAUGGAGCCGAUAUGCAUGAUUAUACCAAUGCAGCCAUCACGACAUGCUAACAUCGAAAAGUAUCGUGUGAUUGCCAAAGCUAAUAGUCAGUUAAUCAAAGGGCACGAUACUGGGGCGGGGGAGAGGGGGUACUUGGGCUAAUUUUUGCUGGGUAUGUGCCGCUGGCCUCUCAGAGCCCCUACCCCAUUAUAGUAGUCUAUUCUGUGGCCAAUUAUACAGACCCCAUCGUAGUCACUUUUGGGCAAAUAUGCAAUUUCCGAGAUCCCAACUAAGUCCCUUUCUAUUUUUAUGAAUUGACCCAUGUUUUCGAUUGAAUGCAGAACACUUUACUUUUCUCCUACAGAUAUAUGAAGAACUAGUGUCUUAUUCCCAUGUGCGACCCCGUUAUAGUCAAUCCAGUCGUGAAAAUGCGACCCCAUCCAGCGGCACAUCCUAUCACCCUCUUAUAAGGAUGUACCCCCACCCCCCCCCCCCACCCCCCCCCCCACCUUUUUUUUUUUUUUAAUGGCCCCAUUUUUUCUUUUAAAGGCACACCCUUUUAUUUUCUCCCUCAGAAAUAUUGAAAAACAGAGGUUUUUUCCCCCGUGGCCCCCCCUUUUAUACCAACCCCGGGGGAAAAAGGCCCCCCCCCCCCGCGCCCCCCCCUUCCCCCCCUUUUAAAGGAUUUCCCCCCCCCCCCCCCCCCCCCCCCCCCGGGUACCGACUGCGUUGGGUAAGACAUAACUUCAUGGGAAACGCCUGGCGAAGACUUCCAACACACCAGAAGAAAGCCAGGGCUGCGCGUUGCAAUUGUUAGCUGCAUUGUUUAACCUCUAAAUAAUUAAAGCAGAAUUUAGGACAACCAUGUAACCAGUGUAGCCGUAAAUUAUAUUGCAAUAAAGAGAGCAGUUGUCAUUAAGCUAUUUUCUCUCCUCUCUUCUUUUUUGCUUUCCUUUUUCUUGACAUCCCGUGCAGUGAUACUUGAGCAGUAAAACAGAAUUUUUAAGGCGGUCCAUUCCCUAUAAGUAAUACCUAAUUCUAUUACUAUGUGACGACGAAUAUCCGAGCCCUUUCAUUCUGGAGCUAAUCAUUAAGCAACAGUCAUCAGUGUCUCAGUUUGUCCGAAAUGGUGAAAGUGAAGCCAAAACUGAAGUCCACUGAAGGAUGUGCAUGAAUGAUAAACUCAUUGUAAACGGGGCUUACUUAUAGUAAGCUUCGUUGACAACAACAAGAACAAACAAAAAAAGCUGAUUUCCAGGCCGGCGCGUAGGCAAACAGGCAUUACAGAAGCAAUUUGGUGUUCCGUGGGGAUUUAAAAUGUGACAAAUUUAUAGAGAAUAAUUUAUUUAGUAAAAAUUUACACAAUGCAGCUAUUUUUACAAUAUAUGUUGGUGCGAGGUUUGGAGAAUAAUUAAUAUAGGUUCUAAAAUAUUUAGACACAAAUUGAGGAAUCUGAGCGAUCCAGCAGAAGGCAAAGAGGCAUGUUUGCCUUUAAAUUCGGAAUACUAUCGUGCUGUUUUGCCUGGUAAGAAAGAUUGUUCCAGCGCAUUGCACCACUAUACUUAAAACUACGUUUGAGGAAAUUUGUUUUUGGCCUUGGAAGUGCUAGAUCAUUUUCAAGAUUCCUAAGAUUAUGGUUGGUGCUACUAUCGUUGAGUUUUGUAAGGAGCUGUUAGAUGGAGACAGAUUGAUCGUUAAGACAGCUUUAUACAUUAGGGUAGCCUUGACAAGUGAACGACUGGUUUUUCCAUUUCAAAUUAUCAUUUACAAGCACAUCUACCGAUCUAAUGUCAUAUGAUAUGAUAAACCUGUUAAUCAUAUUAUUAAAGAGAGUACCUGAGACCCAGACAUUAGAGUUUCAAGGUUCCAGUGGGACUGGUCGUUUACUGCUUGUGAGAGCCGGGGUGCCGGCUAUUUGAGAAAGCUUAUUAUAAAAAUAUUUCAAACCGACCUCCCAAUUUCAUCAUAGCUUUGUAGAAAUGACCUCUAUUGCUGUGGAUACUACGAAUAUUCUAGCUACAAAUCUUGUCGAAGCUAAGUUCACCACAUACAGUCGAACCUCCAUGAGCGGCCACCUGUCGCGACACCUCCCAUAAACGACCGUUAAUCCAAAAUACCAAACUUUUCUCAGUCAAAGCCUUACAGUUGGUGCUUCUGUUAAACGACCACCUCAUGUAAGCGACCGCGACCGCCUUUGGGGCCCUAAAGCUUAAUGAUUUUUAACCUCUUGUAAGCGACCACCUGACGCAUUUUCUGAUCUCUAUGUUCGCUGUGUGCACUGUGCUACUUUGAAUUUACGAAGAACUUUAAUGACAACAUGAAGUACACAUGGCGUAACUUAGACAUUGCAUGGGGGGAUUGCAAUAAAUCAUCUUCCAUAAAGUAGAUGUGCCAGGACCUCUUCCCGGAUGAGGCCCCCUAUGGUUCGAUUCUUGUAAACGACCAGCUCCCGCAAGCGACCACUAAGUCUUUGCAUUUUGGGUGGUCGCUUACGAGAGGUUUGACUGUACUUUAUCUACAGUAGUGUUUCUAAGGGGGUGUUUACAAGAGAAAACUCGCACUGGCGCGAGUUUCAUACCGGGAUGACUUUUUUUAUUUCGCGUUUACAUUAUUACUGGGUCAUUUCAUAUCUCGUUACUUGAAGGUACACUUCAUGCUGAUAAAAUACAAGUAAGAUUCAAAAUCGAAAACAUUACACAUCAGCUACCCGUUCCAGUCUACCGGCAGACCGAUUUCGCACCAAAACGUGUGGUCGUUUCGCGUUUACAUGAUACUGUUGCGAGAAUUCGUACCGGAGUGAAAUUCUCGCCCCGGUACAACAACCGGGGUGACUCGCGCCGACAUGACAUUUUGUGGUGGUAUCAUGUAACAAAUGUAGAGCCAUGAGAGGGAACCGGAGUGAACUCACUCCGGCGCGAAAGUUAGCGUGUCAUGUAAACAGCCCCUAAGAUCGGCGUGUACCAUUCCCGGCUGUUGAAUUUAAUUUCAAUUUUGCUACUUCCUUUGUAUUACUUUCAUGAAAUUUAUCAAAAUGGCCCUCCAGGUAACGCUCCCUUAUCUGAAAAGGACCACCCAAAAUCAAUCAAGAUUUUGAAAAAAUAUUAAUGAUCCCUUGGCCAGAAAUCACGGACAUUUGAGCCCGCGCUGUGGCAUGCGGCUUUCUUCUUCUUGUACAGAGAAUCCAAUAUGGCGGCCAAAAAGCGUGCUUUCCUCGUAGAUUACGCACAGCUUCAUAAUAUUUCACGUCGAUCCAGCAGAAAAUCCAAAAGAAGGAAGCUGUACGAGGUAGAUAGAAUAAUCGAGUGGCGGAAAACCAAACAUGUGAGUCGAUUUUUCGUGUCAAUCCUGAAAGUUGAUCCAUUUGUGUAG